UCAUCGCCCACUUCGUAUAAACAGUUGCAGAUUUUGCAGACAAAAAGAAAGACGGGAAAAAUACCCAACGAAAAAUCUAAACAUUCUAACAAAAUAUUUCUUUAUUUACAGAUAUUAUUUUAAUAUUGACAAACAUAAAAAUAAACAAAAAAUAUCAUUGAACACUAAACAACUGUUGCAAUAGUUCUACGACGCCCUUUCGCAGAAGACAAAGACAACGACUACAUUGUACAGGGCCGGUAGUUUUUUUAUUGAAGCUGGCAUUUUUGUUGUCGUUGUCUAAGUUUUUGUUUAAAAGCAUAUGAGCCCGCAUCGUGUACGCAGAAUGAGUCACAGUUAUAAUGACAUCCCAGUGGGUGUAUUGGCUGUACAGAAAUUGGCCAGAAGCUGUUGUCCGCAAGUGAGAUGUAGAAAGGAAACAAUUUUCAAAGCCUCGAUUUUUGGUCUUACUUAUUUGGCCUACACCUGCUAUCACAUGUCGCGCAAACCCAUAUCUGUGGUUAAAUCAGUUCUUCAUACUAAUUGUUCCUCAGAUAUAACGCACAAUGCCAGCUCAAAUGACUGUGGCUAUGCGCCAUUUGAUGAUUCCAGUGCUCCUGCCAAAUUUGCCAUAUUAGAUUCUGCCUUUCUUUUCUCCUAUGCCGCUGCUAUGUUUGUUUCUGGCUUUGUAGCCGAACGUGUUUCCAUUAGAUAUUUCCUAGCUUUUGGUAUGAUUUUUUCGGGUGUAUUUUCAUAUCUAUUUGGUAUAGCCAAAACAUGGAGUAUACAUACGAUGGCUUAUUUUGUAUUAGUACAAGCAUGUGCGGGUAUUGCCCAAACUACUGGCUGGCCAGGUGUUGUUACUUUAGUGGGUCGUUGGUUUGGCAAAUCGAAACGUGGCUUAAUUUUCGGUAUUUGGAAUAGUCACACUUCGAUUGGUAAUAUUUUGGGAACACUAAUAGCCGCUCAGUAUGUGGAAACCGAUUGGGCUUUGUCGUUUAUUGUGCCAGGUAUAAUUAUUGCUAGCUGUGGUUUUCUGCUGUUUUUGUUUAUGGUUGAUAGACCCGAAAUGGUGGGUUGUCAUCAACAGCAGGGCACAGCUGCAGAAAGAUCAACAGAUAAUGAUUCAGACAUUGAAGAUAAUAGUGUUAUAGUGGGUGCUGCCAAUACUUAUGAAACGGAGGUUAAUUAUCGUCCCACUGAACGUUCUCCAAUUUUACCACGUUCUCACACACACGACCAUCACGUCCAACGUCCCAUUAGCUUAAUAGAUGCUUUAUAUAUACCCGGUGUUAUAGAAUUCUCUCUAUGUUUAUUCUUUUCCAAAUUGGUCAGUUAUACAUUCCUCUAUUGGUUACCUUUAUAUAUACAAUCGUCCAGUACCUUGGGACCAACUUUAUCAGCAGAUUUAUCCAUACUAUUUGAUGUUGGUGGUAUAUUUGGAGCUAUUGUUGCCGGUAUGGUAUCCGAUAUGUCUGGUAUGUCGGCUACAACGUGUACCGUUAUGUUAUUCUUAGCUGCACCUGUGCUUUUAAUGUAUCAGCAAUAUGGUAACACGUCCGUUUUCUUAAUCAUAUUUUUGCUGGUAUUAGCAGGUUUUCUAGUUAAUGGUCCUUAUGCUUUAAUUACUACUUCUGUUAGUGCUGAACUUGGCCAACACAGUUCGUUAGAAGGCAAUGCCAAAGCUUUAGCCACCGUUACAGCUAUUAUAGAUGGCACUGGUUCCAUAGGUGCGGCUGUUGGCCCCUUAAUGGCGGGCAUGGUAUCCGGCUUUGGUUGGCAAAAUGUUUUCUAUAUUUUAAUUCUAUCCGAUAUUAUAGCCAUGUUAAUGUUAGUUAAAUUGGUUAAAAAAGAAUGGUCACAUUUACGAAGAUCAACACGAAUACGUAUAGAAUAAAUUUGUUUUAUUAGAAAAAAAAAACAAAACAAAACAAAACAAAAUAUAUUUUUUUGUAUUGCCUUCUCAUAUCAUUAAAUGUUAAUGUUUAAUUAGAUUUAUUUAUGUAAUGUAUUGUUUGUUUUAAUGUUUCUUAUGUUUUACGUUUAGAUAUUUGUUUUAUGCAAUAUGUUUUGAAAAAUUUCUUUUAUAUUUUCGGUUUUUUAUUUAAAACAGUUGUGUAUUUAGAGUUGAGGCUGUUAUACUUCUUAAUACAUCUUUUUUAUUAUUUGAAAAGAAAAACAAAAGAAGAAACUCUACAGACUUUAAAGUAUUUGUAUUUUGUAAAGAGCGAAACUAUUUCUUACGACAAAUUUUUUUUAUCUGUAAUUAAGCAUUUAAUAAAAUGGAAAUAAACACACAAUUAUUUUUUUCUAAA